AUGAAAUCACUUCUUUCAAACUUACAAAAAGCCGAUGAAACCUUCAAUACUGAUUUUUCUCUUUUUUCUCAAGAAAAUUCCUCAAUUGUUGAUUUACCUCUUUCCUCACCUGAAUUAUCUGAUGAUAAUGAAAUUGCUAAUGUAAAUUUUUCUGAAGAUAAUAAUGCAGGGUAUUAUACAGGAACUGCUCUCAGAACAAUUAGAUACAAAAAACAAAAACUUUGUGAAGCUGCUGAAGGAACAGCAAAUAUCAUGGACUUUUUUAAGCCAGUAAGUAAUGAUGAUGAUG